AUGGCCGCCACCGGAGUUCUCCCAUUUGUCAGAGGAAUAGAUUUGCCAAACAAUGACUUUCAGGAGUCCAAAUUUCCUAAGCAUAUUGCUGAUAUGACAGGACUGAGAUGGCUCAAGUUGAACAGGACUGGGCUCACAGAAAUGCCAAAAGAAAUGGGAAAUCUAACAAAACUGGAACACCUGUCUCUUAUAAAGAACAACAUCAGCUCUCUAGGUAAAUACGUAGAGAAGCUUACAUCGUUGCGCACCAUCAACUGUAGACACAACAAACUCACAGACAAGGGUAUUCCUAACAAAGUCUUUCAACUGCAAGAUCUUUCUGUGGUGAACUUCAGCCACAACGAGCUGAAUGAAGUACCCCCUGAGUUAGAAAAUGCAAAAGGGGUCAUAGUGCUUAAUCUUAGCAAUAACAAAGCCUUCUGUGCAUGGGAAAAAGACGUUCCAGUAGACCAUGAUGGAAAGGAAAUCGAAAUGGGACUGCUUAAGGAGUACAAGGCCAAGCUUCUUGUGGAUGGAGACGUCAUACCAGAUCCAGUCUCAUUAUCUUCCGGGUGGAUAGGUGAAAAAAAGGCAACCAGCAAUGGCCAUCCAUUUAUAUCACUGACAUAUCUAUGUAUAUUGAGGGAUGUGGUCAUAGUGCAGUUAUGA